AUGUCGUUGUGCUGCACCAGCAGCCGCGCUGCCGCCCUGCGGCUCGCCGCCGCGGCCGCCCGCCGAUCGCGAGGAGCCUGCGCCCGACACCGACCGUUCCACUCCUACGACCACCCCGCGGCCGAGGGCGCAUUCGGCGCCGUCGAAAACUCCAUCCUCGCCGCCGCCUACCGUCAUGUUCCCGAACACGGCUUCUCCCAGAGGGCCCUCGGCCUCGGCGCCCGCGACGCAGGCCUUCUCGACAUCAGCCCCAGCGUGCUCCCCGACGGCGCUUUCAGCCUGGUCCUCUAUCAUCUUGUCCUGCAGAGGCAAGCUUUGGCUGCGCAGGCCCAGCGGUUGUUUGGCACGCAGAGCUCCGACGCGGCUGCCCUGGGUGUGGGCGCGAAAGUCACCGCCUUGACUUGGGCUCGUCUCAUGGCCAACAAGGACAUCAUCCACCGAUGGCAAGAAGCCCUUGCCAUCAUGGCUCAGCCCAGCUGCGCUCCGGCCUCUCUCAAGGAGCUUGCUCUCCUUUCGGACGAGAUCUGGUUCCUGUCCGGAGACAAGUCGGUUGACCCUUCGUGGUACAGCAAGCGAGCAUCGCUCUCCAUGAUUUACAGCACCACCGAGCUCUUCAUGACCAACGACAGGUCUCCGUCCUUCUCCGAGACUCGCCGGUUCCUCGAUAGGAGAUUAGACGAGGUUAAGACUGUCGGCGGUGCCGUUGGGGCGCUUGGCCAAUGGGCCGGGUUCACCUUGUCGGCGGGCGUCAAUGUUUUACGCAGCAAGGGGGUUGGUAUAUGA